AAUUUAGAGCAUCUCACACACAUUAAUUGGACUUUCGGGCAAUAAUAAUAAAUAAAAGCCCAAUUAAAAUCCUUAGUUACAUAUUCGGACUCUCUCCUCUCCCCCUUACAUUCUUCCCUCGAUCUUUCUGAGCUUUCUCUAUUUCUCCCAUCUUUGCAUUCCAAAAUUUACAGUUACGACUUCAAUCCUCUCAAGGAACAUUAUCUCGGAUCCCUAUUUCGAAGCAGCGGGAGAGAUUUGAGGUUUUAAAAUUUAAUAUCUAGGCGCCCAUAUGUUUUGAGGUGACCUAAGUGUUGUAUAGUGCAAGAAUAUGAGUAGUAACCAUAAUAAAAGGCCUCAUGAAGAGUCUGGUGAUUUGAGUGGCAGUGGCAUUCACGGACUCCCAUCUGCACCAAAAUAUGUACAUGAAGAUUCCAGUUCAUAUGCUAAAGUUAUUAGCUCAUCGACAAAUGAGUAUCAUUCCUCUUAUGAUGCUGGACAUGAUGCCAGGGUGCCUAAGAUCCCUCGAACUGAGUCUCGGGACGGUGAUAGAAGAUCACCUUUGCUUCCAACGUAUAGAGUUUCAUCAUCUUUGAAUGAUUUACAGUCUGAGUAUCCCAUGGGGUUGGAUGCCAGGUUGGAGGCAAGAGAGGGAAAAGAUGAUAUAAGGGCUAUGAAAGUUGAGAUUCGUGAACCCAAAGCUGAAUCAAGAGAGCUGUACCCAGGAGCUAAAGGCGAUAAAGAUCCUAGGAUGGAUAGCAUGGUUGACGAUAUUAAGGAAAUCAAACGUGAGAGGGACAGCUAUUCAGAAUACAAGGGUAAUAUGAAGACAGAUAAGGAUAGCUUUGCUGGAGUGAGUAGUCACAUAAAUUGGAAAGAUCCAAAAGAACAAAGCUGGAUGAAAAGAUAUCCUUUUCCUGAUGUCUCAGGUGGGAAUAUGGGUCCAUGGCAUCCAAAAACCAGUGCACAAUAUAAUGAAAGUUUAAAGGAAGGUGUAAAUGAUGUCUCAGGUGGGAAUAUGGGUCCAUGGCCUCCAAGAACCAUUGCGCAAUAUAAUGAAGUUUUAAAGGAAGGUGUAAAUGUUGAGAAGAAGGAUUAUGUUGAAGCAUGUGAGACUGUUGGUGAAAACAAGGUUGAUUUCAAAGGGGAUGAUAAGUUCAAGGGUAAAGAUAGAAAAAGGAAAGAAGGAAAGCACUGGGAAUGGGGAGGGGAUAAAGAAAAGAAUGGCAGUAAGAGCAACGUGCAACCACUGACUAACAAUAUAGAUAAUAAAGACACAUUAAAGGAGGAUAGAGAAAUUGAUAGAUGGGAGAGGGAAAGAAAAGAUCUGUCUAAAGAUAAAGACAAAACAAAAGAUCGGGAAAAGGAUUAUUUGAAGAGGGAAGUUUGGAGAAGUGAGAGAGAGAGUUCACAUAAUGACAAAGAAUCAAAUGAUGCUACAGGGAGAACAUUGGAACAAGAGACUGAGAAAAAGAAACAAAAUGAUCAUGAUAGCUGGAAAAAUGGUGACAAAGAGAUCAGAGAGAGAAGAAAAGAAAGAGAUCAAGAUGCUGAAGGAGAGAGAAGUGAGAAAUCCAACAAGUAUAAUGACAAUGACUCAGAGGAGGUAGGUGUGCCUGCAGAUGGGGAUGGAGAUAGGGAAAGAGAGGGUUUCAAUUAUGGAGUUCAACAGAGAAAGAGAAUGCUUCGUCCUAGAGGCAGCCCUCAAAUGGGAAGCCGUGAUCCUCGUUUUAGAACUCGCAUCCAUGACCAUGAAGGAUCUCAAGGUAAGCUGCUUGAUGGAUCUAUUCACAAAGGCAACUUAAGUAAGCCUGAUAUGUCCAGCAUCGUUUAUAGAGUUGGGGAAUGUAUGCAAGAACUCAUUAACAUUUGGACGGAAUAUAAAUCUUCUCAAGCUGAGAAAGUAUGCGAUAGCGCUCAAGCUGGCCCAACCUUGGAAAUACGAAUACCAGCUGAGCAUGUGUCUGCUACAAAUCGCCAGGUGAGGGGCGGUCAGUUAUGGGGAACAGAUGUAUACACGGAUGACUCUGAUCUCGUUGCAGUUCUUAUGCAUACGGGCUAUUGUCGUCCAACUGCUUCUCCUCCUCCCCCUUCAGUUCAAGAGUUGCGCGCAACUAUCCGAGUGUUACCACCACAAGAAUCGUAUGUAUCAAGUUUGAGGAACAAUGUUCGUUCACGUGCAUGGGGAUCUGGAAUUGAAUGCAGUUAUCGUGUAGAGCGGUGCUGCAUUGUGAAGAAAGGAGGAGGGAUAAUUGACCUUGAGCCUUGCCUUACACAUUCAUCAACAAUGGAGCCUACCCUUGCUCCAGUUGCUGUGGAGCGUACCAUGACUACAAGAGCUGCAGCUUCGAAUGCAUUGCGGCAACAGAAAUUUGUCCGUGAAGUCACUAUACAAUACAAUUUGUGCAAUGAGCCCUGGCUCAAGUACAGUAUAAGUGUUGUUGCUGACAAGGGUUUGAAGAAACCUCUUUUUACUUCGUCACGCCUGAAAAAAGGAGAAGUGUUAUACUUGGAAACCCAUACCCGCAGGUAUGAGCUAUGUUUUCAAGGAGAAAAGAUGGUAAAGGCUACAGCUAUAUCUCAUGCACAUGAAGUUGAAAGUGAGAAACAUCAUCAUAUUCAUCACGUUACCCCUUCUGUAAGUGGCGAAAAAAAUGUGGUGGUGGAUGGUGAAAAUGUGGUCGUAGAUGUGUUCCGUUGGUCGCGUUGCAAGAAGCCUCUUCCCCAAAAAAUGAUGCGAUCUUUUGGAAUCCCUUUGCCCCUUGAUCAUGUGGAGGUUAUGGAGGAGAAUCUGGAGUGGGAGGACAUCCGAUGGUCGCAAACGGGCGUUUGGAUUGCAGGAAAAGAGUUUGCUCUGGCCAGGGCUCAUUUCCUUUCUCCAAGUUAGUGUUAAUUGUGUGUGAUAUAUUUAUGCAGCCAUCAAAAAGAAUAUAAUGGAGAGGCAAGCUUUGUUAGUUGUUUCAGUGUCAACAUUUAAAGAAGGAAGUGAUUGCUCAUCUGAUGUGGAAUGCUAUUUAAGAAGUUUUUUUUUCUGGGUUUAUUUAAUGGAAACUCUAUCUAAUAAUUUAUGUUGACUGUU